GCGCGCCGCCCCGCCCCCUGCGCGUGACGUCACGGCGCUGCGUCACCGCCGUCCCCCGGAAGGGGCGGGAGGCAGGUGCGGAGGGGCCGGAUCCCGCCGCGGCAGGUGUGUGUGGGGGUGUCACCCGGACGCCUGGGCCCCUGCCGGAGGGGGUGUCGCCCGGACGCCUGGGCCCGCAGGCGGGCGCCGCCAUGACGAGCGACCUGGACAUCUUCGUGGGCAACACGACCCUCAUCGACGAGGAGGUUUAUCAGCUCUGGCUCGACGGGCACUCAGUGGCGGAGGCGGUGGCCCGGCGGCUGCGGGGGGACGUGCUGGCGGGCACGGGGGCCUCGCUGGCGGUGCUGCAGAGUGACACCAUGGACCACUACCGCACCUUCCACAUGCUGGAGCGGCUGCUCCACGCCCCCCCCAAGCUGGUGCAGCAGCUCCUCUUCCAGAUCCCCCCCUCGCGCCAGGCCAUGCUGGUGGAGAGGUACUACGCCUUCGACGAGGCCUUCGCCCGCGAGGUGCUGGGCAAGAAGCUCUCCAAGGGCACCAAGAAGGACCUGGACGACGUCAGCGCCAAGACGGGCAUCAGCCUCAAGAGCUGCCGCCGCCAGUUCGACAACUUCAAGCGGGUGUUCAAGGCGGUGGAGGAGCUGCGGGGGCCCCUGGCCGACAACAUCCAGCACCUCUUCCUGCUCUCCGAGGGGCUCGCCAGGGACUACGCCGCCGUCGUCUUCUUCGCCAACAGCCGCUUCGAGACGGGGAAACGGCGGCUGCAGUUCCUGAGCUUCGGGGACCUGGCGGCCUGCGCCCAGAGCAUGAUGCAGCACUGGACCCAGGGCGCCCUGGCGCCGGAGGCGGCGGAGCCGGACGAGCUGCCCCGCAUGUUCCUGCAGGAGCUGAAGGAGCUCAAGGUGCUGGUGGCCGACAAGGACCUGCUCGACCUGCACAAGAGCCUGGUGUGCACGGCGCUGCGCGGCAAGAUCUCCGUCUACGCCGAGAUGGAGGCCAACUUCAAGAACCUGUCGCGGGCGCUGGUGAACAUGGCCGCCAAGCUGACGCACGCCAAGGACGUCCGCGACUUCUUCAUCGACCUGGUGGAGAAGGUGCCGGAGCCCCCCCGAAACCGGGACCCCCCCCCCCAAAAAACCGGGGACCCCCCCGAAACCGGGACCCCCCCCCCCAAAAAACCCGGGGACCCCCCCGAAUACCGGGGACCCCCCCCAAAUCUAGGGACCCCCCCCAAAUCCCAGGGAUCUGCCCCAAAAUCUGGGACCCCCCCCAGCUCCCUGUGCCCCCCAAAUCCUGAGACACCCCCCCCCAAACCAGGACCCCCCCCCAAACCAGGGACCCCAAAACUGGGACUCCCCCCAAACCAGGGACCCCCCCCCAAACCAGGGACCCCCCCAAAACUGGGACUCCCCCCAAAACCGGGGACCCCCCCCCAAAUCCAGGGAUCCUCCUCCAAAUCCAGGGCCCCCCCCCAAAACCCAGGGAUCCCCCCCAAAAU